AUGGACGUUGUCGCCAGCCUCCCGGAGAGCCAUCUCCGCGCCAUCCUCGUUGCUCUCUUCAAGGACCCGUACACGCACGACCGCGUCAUCAGCAUGGCGAGCAAGCUGGCGGCCGCGCCUUCUUCCUGCAACGGCAGCGACCUGGCCAUCUGCGUGCAGUGCAAGCAAGCCUUUUCCGUCCUGACGCGUGCCGAAAACUCGUGCCACUAUCAUCCCGGGACCAGAUGGGCGGACGAGAGCAACGAGGCGUGGGAGGACCACUUCGUCAACACUGACGGGCCCAUGGAGACGGAGGAGAAUAUGGAGGAUUGGCCGGAUGCCUUUGUUUGGGAUUGCUGUCAGAAGACAGGAAGCGCUCGGGGCUGUAAAGUCGGCCAGCACAGAUCAUAG